AUGUUACGUAUAUAUUAAAAUCAUGUUAGGUUGGAUUUUAAUGGCGAUAAUUUUGUUCAUUGGAUUGAAAUAUUUUUAAUUGCAAUAUUUAUUGGACAGUUGUUGCUUGUUUCUAGUUUACUAUUGUUGUUUUUAUAAUAAAAAUUUGAAGAAAAAAGUAAUAAAAAAGAUUUAUAAAAUCAUUUGAUACUGCUCAAAUAAUUGGGAUAAGAAGUAAAUAAUAAAACUAAUUUAGAAAGCAUAUAAUAUAAAAAUACUGAACCUUUGUAAUUAAUAAUUAGAAUACUAUGUUUCUUUUUUUAUUAAGAUAUCUAUUUAUAUAUUUAAUUGUCCUAUCAUAUUAUUAGCUAUGAAGGAGUUUAAAUUAUAAAUGAAUCAAGGUAUUUAUAUUUAAUUAGAUUAAGAAUAAAAUUCUUGGAACUUUAGCAUUAUUAUGUAAUUGAUUUCUAUAUUGGUAAUAUUAUUCAAUUUAUUAAUUGUAUACUUAUAUGAAGUUCAUAACAAUUAAUUUUCAUUUAAGUAAUAGGACUAUCUAACUUAUUGCUCAUCUAUUUAGACUAAAAUUUAAACUUACUUAUUGUAAUUUCUUUUAGUCCUGAUUUCAUUAGUUCAUAAUCUUAAUAUAGAUAUACUAAUAGCAAACCUAAUUAAUAUUAGUUUACUUUUUCCAAUUGUUUAUCUUUCAAUUAAAUACCCAAAAUUUGAUGAUUACACUUUAAAUUAUAUGUAUAUACAAACAUUUACAAUAUUUUUAUUAAUCAACUUAAGCAUAUUAAUUUUUGGUUAAAUUUUGAAUGUAGAAUUUUCAGAAAUCAUAAUAAUGAUAACUCCAUUAACUUUUUAUGUUACACAUCUAAAAAUUAAGUAGGAAUCUCUUAAUAAAUAAACUGAUUUCAACUAACGCAUAAGAUCAUUAUAUAUUUAAUGUCAUACUGCAAUAGGUAAAAAUGGAAAACUGAUUGAUGAAGUCAAGUAUAGAUUACCAAAAGAUUUAAGAUUGUAUGUUUUUUCAACCAAUCAUUUUAUAAAUUGUUAAAAUAAGCCUUCAUGUUUUUGUCAUAUAUAUAGAAUUGAAUCAGAUACUUUUAUAUCAAGAUUACAUUUUAAAAGUUAUCUUAAAAGUUUAAUACGAUUUUGUUAUGAAGAAAAAUUGUAAAGCUAAAACUAACCUUUAGAAAAUGAUUACACAACUAAUUUUUAUUAUAUUUUGUACCUUUCACAAAUAAGUAAAUAGCCAGCAAAAGCAUUCUAUGAAUUAACAUAACUUAAAAUUCAAAGUGAAAAAUAUAUGAAAUUAUUAAAUAAAAUGUAUUUGAAUUCUAUAGAGUAUUAUGUAAAAGAAGAUUUUAAUAAAAUGAUUGAAUUGAAAAAUAUAACAAAUUAAAAAUAUUUAUGUUUCAAAGUAUUCUAUUAUGAUAUUGCAAUUAAAUUAUGGAAAUAACAAUUUAUGGCUUCUUUAAAAUUAUAGAAGAAUUGGUAUAGACUACUUUAAGAUAGAAAUAUUAUGUAAUUAAUAAAAGAUGGAAAAGAAUUAUAAAAUAUAAAUACAGAACUUGAAAAUAGUUUAAAAUAAUUAUUCAAAUAAAAUCCAAUAUCACCAGAAUGCUAACUUUUAAUAUCUUUAUUUUACAAAUACAUUUAUUUUAAUCAUAAGAAAAUUGAAAUUCCAUCUUUAGAUUCACCAUAAGUAUAUAAAUUUUAGAAUUCAAAUAAUGGAAUUCUUUUUUAAAAAGAUGCCUCACUUGUUUAUUUGACUUUAGUUGAUACAAAAGGUAUAAUUAAAAAUUAUACAAGAACAUUCAAAUAAGCAGUUUAAGCAGAUGAUUCAUAAAUUUUAAAUAAUUCAAUUAAUAAUUUUAUACCAACAAUUAUUGCUAGAGUUCAUGAUUAAUUUUUAGACAAUUUUGUAGAAUAAGGUAGAAUAAAUAUUAUGAAAUCUGAAAAAAGAUUUUUAUUGGUGAAAAAUAAAAAAGGAUUUAUAUUUCCAAUAAUUGCAAAAGUUAGAUUAGAAACUAAUUUGUAUAAUGAUUUUGGUUCUUCUGCUUUGAUUCUUCCAGCAGAUAAUAAUUAUCAUUAUAUUUUAUUAAAUUAUUAUGGAUUAAUAGAAGAAAUAAGUGAAAAAUUAUUUACUUAAGUGUUCAAACCAAUAUUAGGAAUAGAACUUGAUAAAUUAUAAAAUAUAGAUUGUUUAAAAUUGAUACCAAAAUUAAUAAAAAGUUGGAAGAGUAUGAAUACUAAUAAAAUAAUAGAUUCUGAAUUAAAAGAAGUAAUAUAAUCCUAUUUGAUAAUACCUAAAAAAUUAAAGAAGUAAAAUAUACUUACUUCAACAAUAUUAUAAUUAAAUCAAUCUACUUAAGAAUUUCUUAAAGAAUAAGAUAAAAUUAAUGAAAAAUAUUUUCAAAAUAUAAAAGAUAUGUUUAUGUUUAGAAUAAACUUUAGAAUUAUAGAAUUCUAUACUUUUUAAGGAAUGUAAGUUUUUUAAAUAUAUUUUAGAAUUUAUUGUGUAGAAAUCUAAAAUAUAAAGACUGUUAAGUAAUCUUAAAGACUAGAUAUUUUUUAUAAUUUAAUUGAAAAAUCUGAUUAUUCUCAUAUUAGUUUAUAAAAAAUAAAAACAGUCUAAGAUAAAAAUGAGAAGAUUAAAUUAUAAUAAAAAAUUAUAGAAAAGUGUAAUUAAAAAGAUACAUUUGGUUUUAUUAAAUUAUAAAAUGAUUCUUAAACAUUAUGCAAUUUAGAGGUUGAAAAAAUACUAGAAGAUGAUUAUAUGAUUAAAUAAAAAGAAAUACAAUUUUAACUUAUUAAUCCACUUUAUCAAUAUGAAGUAAAUACAUAAAUAUAUUUAAAUUUAGAUUGAAAAUAUUUCUCAUUUAGUUAGUUAGACAAAUAGUUAAGAUAAAAGAUUAUUAGAUUAAUAAACAUUAAAAAUGAAAUCUUCAAUUAAUCACAAUUUGUGUACAUUUAAUCAUUUCAAUAGUAAUAAUUCAAAUCCAUUUAUUUAAUUAUUUUCAUCUGAUUAAAAUAGAUAUCUUGUUCAUUCAAGUGCAGUUUUAGAAGGUUUAAAUGAAAAUAGAGAAUCAAUUAAAUCAUUAAAUUCAUUAGAUAUACCACUUUCUUAAGAAAAUGGUUUUUUUGAAAUGGAAUAACUUAAAUCUGUUUCAUCAUCAUAAGUUAGUUAAUAAAAAUUAAAGAAAAAUUAUAUUAAACAUAAUCUCUUUGAUUAGAAUUCAAAAUUACAUAAACUAAUCAGAGUUAUUAAUAUCUCUAUAUUCAUAAUUCUAAUAUUAUGUAACAUAUGGUAUUUCUAUCAUUUAAAUUAAUAAAAUUAAUUUAUAAGUUUAUCAUUAAAGAAUUAUGCAAUUUCAAACAGUUUCAAUAUAAGAAUAAAUUAAUUCAUACUUAGCUAUUAAAUUGAGAAUACCUAAUUAUUUAAUUAUAGUUAAUAUAAUAAAUAUUGUGCCAGCUAAUAUUAAUAAGAUAUCUCAUAUCUUUAUUACAAUUCUCCAAAUCUUGUAGAAAUGACUGGUAAAAUUUACUUUAAGAUUUAGUUCCAUUUAUAUCAAUAAAUAAUGCCCAAAAUAUCACAAAUCAAAGUUUUUAUUAAUCCUUAGGGUAUUUUUCAUAAUAUAUACUGUCUUUGAGUAAUGGUCUUAAUGAAUAAUACUAUCUAGAAAUUAUAGCUAGAAAUUUUAUUAUGUUCUCUUAAUAAAUAAAAUUAUACAAUUCUACUGGUAUUUAAUUAGCAAUUAAUUAAUUUUAUAAUACUCAAUCUUUUAUGAGAUCUGUAUUUUAUCUAACACUAUUUUGUAUAUUUUUAGUAGUUAUGUUUUACUUAAUUAUAUUGAUAAUAAUUAUAAGAGCAAAAUAGAAAAUAGUAAAGUUAUUUAAUACUUUCCAAAAAAAUUAAAUUAUAGCUUUGAUUGGUUCAAUUGAGAUUAUUUUACACUUUUUACAAUAUAUAGAUUUUGUUAAUCAUCAAACAACUGAUUAAUUAUUAGAAUAAGUAAAACAAAAAAUUACGUCAAGUCCUGGUAUGAUGAAAAUAAUUUAAUGUAAUGCAACUUAAAAAAUUUAGUAAAAUUAAGAAUUCAGUAAAAGUAGUUAUUUAUUCUAGAUUCUAGCUUCUUUUAUUUAUAUAGUAUAUACUGUGUCUUUAGUUAUCAUUUAUUUUGUUAUUGCAUCAUAAUAUAUAGGUUAAUUUAUUUAUCAAUCUGAAUUUGAAAAUACAAUAAUAGAUUUAUUUGAAAAAUUAGUAUUAUAUAAAUCAUCAUAAAUUUAUGUUUUAGAAUUUUAGAGUUUUUAAAAAUUGCUUAUAAAAUAUGAAUAAAUUAAAUAAAAUGAUAUUCUAUUUUUAAAUAAGAGUAAUAAAUUAUUUUAUUUAGGGGAUGAAGCAUUAAUAUAUAUGGAAAAUUAAUUAUUGAUUUUGCAAGAAUUUAUUCAUAAAAUGAAUAAUUAGAAAUCAUAUCCCAAUUCUUAUUUUAGAGACACUUUAAUAAGUGAAUCAUGUCAAGCCUUUUCUCUUUAAAUAUCUAAUAAUAAUAAUAAUAAUGAUUUAGAUUAUUUUACUGAAAUAUAUUGUAGAGAUUUAGAUAGUUUAAAGUCUGGUUUGAUUGUUUAAUUAGUAAAUUUAUCAUAAAACAUUAAACAACUUUUUAUAAUGUAUCAUGAAAAUUAAUUAUAAUUUAAUGAACAUUUAGAUUCAAUAAGUAAAUAAACAUUAGAAGAUUAAAUUUAAAAUCUAUUAUAUACAUCUUAAAUCUUAAGUCUUUUACAUGAUUCUAUUGUAUAUGAAUCAGAAAUAAUACUAAAAAGUAAUAGAUUAAUUCAUCUAUUGCUUUUUAUUUUUGGAUUGGCAUUUUACCUAUUCUUUAUUUUAAUUAGCAAUAGAAAAUUAAAAUUAUAUUUGUAUAAUGAGUUGAUUAGAACAAAAUAACUUUUCUUAUUGAUACCUUUAGAUGUACUUUGUGAAAAUGCAUAUAUUCUUUAAUUAUUAGCAGAGAGAAUUGAAAUUAGUAAUCAUUGA